UGAAAUAUGCAUGACAGUACAAUAAAUUAGCAUAUUGCUCCGGUAGGUGGCAGUGAACGUUCCCAGGUAGCCCGUGUGAGGGAGCGCAACCCACAUCCAGAUAAGAGCUCUCCCAUGCUGCUUAGCGUAAAGCCAGCGCAGCGUGUGUGGUUGUGAGCCGAGCUCUCUGUCAGUGCGUGUGAGCGUGUCAGAGUUGGAGAAGGGAAAGUGCCUGACGCUCCGAACAACCCAGGAGCUGUCUCGGAGCUGGGGAAACGCUCGGUCGCUAGCCACGGAAAGCCCAGAAUCCGGACGCGCACACAAGAAACCGACGGAUCUUGUCAGGAAAAGUGGAACGAAAUCUUCUUUUCGGACUUUUGAGCAAUGCGCUGGCAGCAUGGCCAAAUGGUUCAAGGAACACCUAGGAUUCAAAACCACCAAAGCACCACCUCCGGCUCCUCCAAAACCGGACUACAGACACUGCCACGCCACAGUGCCCGGUACGCCUGGCUACCUUCAAACGAGCUCCGGUGCCUCGACGCACUAUCCGAGCCCCGCGCAACCGGACAUUCUCGCUGCCUACAAACUACAGAAGGAACGGGACUUCGAGGACCCGUACACUGGAGGCGGAAAUCUUGCGUUUCAAACUGGUUCGAGCUCUAUAGGGUCGCCGGACAUAAAGUACGUGUCACCGAAACACCGACUCAUAAAGGUGGAAACGGUAGAAAAAAACAACUGCUCCCCGGUCAGCAGCGUUACGGCAGCCCCAGCAGGGAACGUCACUAUCGGCAGCGUUAAAUCCCCCACCUCCCCUCCUCCAGCACAUGACGGCAAGCAAGAUAAGGUCAUGAUCGUGGAGGACUAUGCAGACCCAUUCGACGUGGAACAGGGGGGAGGGACUCAGACCGUCGUCACGGCAGCGGAGAAUGUGACAUCGAAUGACGGCUACAUGGAACCCUACGAGGCCCAGAAAAUGAUGGCAGAGAUCCGGGGCAGCCGCGGGGCAAAGGAAGGCUCCAUGAGACAACUGCCCCUCUACGACACGCCCUACGAGCCGACGGAGAACGGGGGCGACACGGAUCCGGAGCCGCCCCGCUGCCCCCGGGAGAGCCGCCUGCCCCAGGACGACGAGAGACCCCCGGAGGAGUACGACCAGCCCUGGGAGUGGAAGAAGGAGCGCAUCUCCAAAGCCUUUGCAGCUCUGCUGUGUUAUGGCUGCGUUAGCGCCGAGGGCUCAGUAGGAGGCAGAGGAGCAGAACCCCCCCCCAGGACUAAGGACCCCCAACCUAAAGCCCCCAAAGAGAUUAAAGUGAUUAAAGACCUGCCCUGGCCCCCCCCAGUGGGGCAGCUGGACACUAGCCCCCCCCUGGCCGAGGCUGUCGAGCACCCACCCCCCUCCCAGUGCACCCAGCCCCCGCCUGGCGGACAACUUCCCUGUGAGCAGCUUCAUCAUGUCCAGUUUGACAGCGUGGAGAAGUGCCGCAUGUCUCCCACUAAGGAGGCCAAGACUCGGCCCCCGCAGCGCCACUCCAGCGGCUGCCUGGUCAACACCAAGAUGAGCUCCCUGGACCACAACCACUCCUCCAUGGGGGAGCGCAUCGACCCCACCAUGCCUCUGGAGAGCCAGUUCUGGUACCACGGAGCGAUCAGUCGGACCGACGCUGAGGCUCUACUGAGGCUGUGUAAAGAGGCCAGCUACCUGGUGAGGAACAGCGAGACGAGCAAGAACGACUUCUCCCUCUCCCUCAAGAGCAGUCAGGGCUUCAUGCAUAUGAAGCUGUCUCGGACCAAAGACAACAAGUACGUCUUGGGCCAAAACAGCGGCCCGUUCGAUAGUGUGCCCGAGAUCAUCCACUUCUACUCCAGCCGCAAGCUGCCAAUCAAGGGGGCCGAGCACAUGUCCCUGCUGUACCCCGUGGCCAUUAGAACACUAUAGUGACACUUCACUCCACUUCACGCCAUGACUUCUUCUGUGCUUCUGGGUCCUAAAGAGUCCAGUGUUUCUGGGGAGGUGAGAGUCGGACUGAUGAUCUUUACCCUGCGUUAAGCCAACGUACUCUACCUGGACUAAGGUUAUUUUCGAAGGCCAGACUGGACUGGGAUCAGAAGAGUCCAAAGAGCAAUAGAACCAUCACAUGCUCAUGGGGGGUGGGGGGGUGGGGGGGGUUGGAGAAGAGCACCCCCCACACCCACCCUCCCACACCUGAUUUGAAAAAACUUUCUGUGUCAUUCUUAUUGCCAGUUUUUUUUUUUCCUACACCUUUAAACUUCUAGUUCUCUGUGUCUCUCUCUCAUCUGCUCACAUCAUUCCUUUCUGCCAUAUGCAAUCAGUGGUCCCAGAUGUCUGUCAACUGAAUUCUUAUCUUCUGUUACUCUUUUCUAAAUGUCAUUCGUUCCUGUAAUCAGCCUCAACAAAGCAGCUCAGAUUUCCCAUCAAAGCGCUAAACGUUUCAUCACACACACACACUCACACACACACACACACACACACACCUGUUCAGACACAUUCUACACACACCUGUCUGCACUUUCUCUCCUUCAGGCUGGUGUCUUUUUAGCUGGUGUCUGGGCUCUCGUUCAGCUCUCCUGUCCUGGGAGAUUUUGUGUGUGCGUGUGUGUGUGUGUUGGGGGGAGAUUAGCAGGAGCAGUUGGCAGCUUUGAGUUUCACAGGAGCCUGCAAGCAGUCGUUUACUCUCUCAGCAACCGUAAUCAGAGUAUAUGUAAUCUGACAUAGAUCACACGGUUAUGCCUUGAGCGAUGCAGAACUAGGCAUUUGAUAGUAGGGCUGCUUUAAUCAAUUCAUAUGUCUGGUUAUGAUGAGCUGGUUGUAAGCAUACACAACGUUGAAAAUAUAUUUGGGCUUGUUGUUAAUACACAGCUAUCCAUCCCUGAUUUCCCCGAUGACAUCUAGCAGUUGGUGUCAGAGUAUUUGUAUUCAGGUCCUCAAUUUUGGAGCUAGCUGAAUUGGCUAUUGUUUGGUUCAUUGUAGAGUGUAUUGCUUAUAGUGAUUUGACAUCAGAGUAGUUUGAAUGAGACCCAUUGGUUUUGAAAAUGUUUCAGUGUUGCCUUUGUUGGCGGUGGAAAGGUGGGUAUGUGCGGAGCCGUCUGGCUAAGAUGUUAAUGGUAAAGUAAGUGGGGUUGUAUUGACAGACAUUGAUGAAGCUGGUUCUAUUUCUUGGCCACGUAGAGAAAGAAAGGUCCUUUUUGUGUUCAAGGAAUGAACAUCCCCUUCUCACCCCAUCCCAACGGCAUAGAGGGGUCAUGAAUGGAGAGAGUUAAAUAUACCUGCAUUGUCUACCUCAGAGAGAGAAAAAUCCAUUUUACUCACCCAUCUGCAGAUCGAUUGGUACAACGGGAAUUCAGCUCACCACCGUCUCCAGCUUCCAUUAGAUUCCUUCUUCUUUCUGUCUUUCCAACCAUCUCCAUAUUUUCCAUCUUUUACACAGAACUUCAACCUCGCUUUAUUUUUGACGUUUGUUGUUUUUCUUUCAGAGAGACAUUUUGAAACCUCAAUUGUGUGCAUAGUCACUCUUUAAUGUUGUGUGAUGCCAGUAUGAAACAUUUGGUUUAUGCCUUAUAAUAUUGCAUGGGUAAAGAAACAAAAAGAAAAAAGAGAAAUCAGUCCAAUGUGUCCGCUGGUUUUGCAGAGCUCUGCUUUUGUUUUUUCUAAUGAUUGUCCUGUGACUGUAAUUUAUUCUGGGGUAUUGAACACUGGCCAAGUCUCUCUCCUGCCACAGGGAGCUCAGACCUGCCUGCUGCCCAUCACUUGUCUGUGCCAAUGUGUGUGUGCGUGUGUGUGUGUGUGUGUGUGUGUUUGUGUGUGUAUGCAUAUGUGUGGACAGAGUCUCUUGGUCUCACUUUCCGUGGUGCUUUGCGUUGUUGAUUUUUAUUUAAUUUAUUUUGUUUUGUCAUUUUAUGAUCUGUUUUUUUCUCCUGCUUGAUCUGUACUGUGCAGAUAUGUUCUUUAAGAUGGCUUUCGGCCAGAGUGACAGGCUGCUUAUGUACUUAAUGUUAUGGUGAGGACCAUCCAGAGAGGACCCCCCCCCCCCCCCCCCCCAACCUCACCAGAAACCCCAAUCACCCCACCCUUUCCCCCCUAAUCCCUCACAAUCAGCCUCCUGCUGAUGCCAGAAUCAUGUUUGCCUAGUGAUGUUGCUUUUUCUUUUUUUCUUUUCUUUUUAAAACAUCUGUUGUCCAACACGCUUUAAAUCUGCAGCCUGAUUGUGGUACAGCCCUUUGAGAUUGUAGUCCUGGCAUUGUUUGAUUUGUCCGCACGUGUCCAUAUGAGUUCCAUAUGGGGACUAUGUCCAUAUGAGUACCAGUCCAGUAGGGGACAGACUGUAACCAGACUGAAGGGGACAGACAGUUCACCAUGGUUACUGCUGUUUCUCUACACCCUCCCCCCCCCCACACACACACACAACAACACACACACACAUAUUUGUCCAGUCCCUUGGUUACUGGGCCCAACCCCAACGACUGUUUCAAGACCCUAUGGGAAGUUACGGAACUAUUGUUUAAUGCUGUUGAACGUAUAGUUAAGGUACAAAAGUGAAAUGAAUCGAGGCGCUGCCAAUCAAUCUGGUCUCAAAUUAGCCCCUCCCCUGUCACAGAGGCCUGAGAAAGUAGGAGUCAGAAGAGUAGUUCCAGGAAGUGAAAGUGCAUUGAUAAGUUGUAGCAGCAAAGAGAGGCGGGGCAGAUUAAGUGCCACCUCUAGGUAUAGGUUGAUGAGGCUGUCCAUCAAAGGAAAUGGAAAGCCUUAAGCUUUAACAAGGGAAAAAGAAUGUUGCUUAGUGAAAUGACUGUUGUAAGACAAAGGGUGCUAUAAUUUUGUAACAAAUUAGACAUAUAAGUGUGUGUGUGUGUGUGUGUGUGUGUGUGUGUGUUUGUUUGGCGUGUGUGUGUGCGUUUGAGUGAGUGAGUGAGAGAGAGAGAGACAGACAUAUAUAGAUAUGCCUGAAAUGAAAACAAAAGUAAACAAAAGAAAAGCCCUUGAGUACAGAGGUGAGAUGAGGAGACUGUGUUUGAUGGGAGUGUUGUUGCCCUCCUCCCUCCCCCUAGUGCUCCAAACCGCUGUGGCUCCUGGAGUGGAGGCCUCAGCUGGGCCUUGUGUACGAUGAACUGCCCAGCCUCCUGAGAGAGAAGAUAGAGGGAGGAAAGAAAGAAAGAGGAGGAGGGAGGAAGAGAGAGCGUAAAAGAGGAUGAGCAAUGGAGCUGGAGGCUUUGUCACUGUCAGCUUCAACCCCACAGAGGACUGGCCACUGCACUUCUACCCUUGUCCUUUGAGAAGUGCCCUCUGCACACCCACCUGUGUGUGUGUGUGUGUGUGUGUGUGUGUGUCUGUGUGUGUGUGUGUGUGUGUGUGUGUGUGUGUGUACACUGCUGUCAGCUAUUGCCUCACUCUGGUCUCCCGGGCUACUCUGUUUGGCUGAGUGGUCUUUGAGUAUGACUGUUAGUGUGUGUGUGUGUGUGUGUGCAUUUGUGUACAUUUUCCUCCAGUGUAUGCACUAAUAUAUAUGUACAGUCCCUAUUUCCGCCAAAUGUAUAUACUGAAUGUAUUGUAUGGGGAUGUGGAGGCUUCAAGGUAAAAAAAAUAAAGUAGAGUUUAUGAGUCCA